AUGAGAAAAUCAGCGCAUUACACUAUAAUAACUAUAGUUGUGGUAAUACUUUUUAUAAACUUUUUCCCGAGAAAAAACAAUUUAUUACUAGAAAAUGGUAAUAACAGUAAUUUUACUAAAUCCACAACUAUAACUACAUCGUCUGAUAGCAAGCUUGAAAAGAGCAAUGACAAAGAUAAAGAAGAUGAACUAUUUUGUGCAAUAAAUAAUCCUAUAACCGGAUCUUAUAUAGAUUUAUCACAAUUGUCUACAACUCCAAAUAGUUCGCCGGACACUAAUAAGAAGAGAAAAAAUGAAUUACCACAACAACAUAAGUGGCUGGUAAAAGGCUGGGAUUACACGUCCAACUUUACGUUGGGAAUAUGUUCUAGUCCAUUAGAGGAAGCUGAUGAUGAUAGUGAAGCCAAUAUUGAACGUUUAGACAAUCAUACAGGUGCUUACUAUUAUGACCCCAAAGACGAUUUUACUAAAAUUUCGAUUGGCGAGGUAAGUACAAAACCAAAAUUUGUAGGUAAAAAAUUAUUGUUAGAAUACGACAAUGGUGAUGUUUGUCCUAAUGGUAUUGAUAGGAAAUCUACCCUAUUGAAUUUUGUUUGCGACAAGGACAUUUCACAAGUUGCUCAAAUCAGUUUUCUCGGACAAUUACAUAAUUGCUCUUACUUUUUUGAGGUCAGAAGUGUUCACGCCUGUCCUACUUCCAAUAAGAAAACGGAUAUCAAUGUUAUUGGUAUUUUUUUUUUCAUAUUAUGUGUUUUCAUUAUAGUUGAAUAUUUUAGGCGUAGAUUGAAUAAGUGGUUUUUAAAAGCAGCUGGCUCUGGAAAUGGGAGUACACUGCCUGGUAUCAAUGCUAAUAGUGUUGAGAGUAGGGCAAUCACUCCAAGGUGGGCUAGUAUCGAAAGUGAACCUAAAUGGAAAACCCUAAUGAAAAAUGUUUUUGAUCGAGCCUUUAACAAUAAACCUACACAAGAUAGUAUACGUUUGCAUUCUAAUACAAACGAAUUUAGUAGAAGUAAUGAAGAGCUAUUUAGAGAUAUAGAAGCCCAAAAUGACUUGCUAGAUAGUUUGAAUGUUCAGGAUGAAGAUUAA